AUGGCCGACUGGCCGAUUGUCAAAUUUUGGCUUUGUGUUAUGUCAUCUAACAUUCGUUGGACUGGGUAAUCUCUGUCAGCAAACCGAGGUGGGAUAAAUAAACCAAAAAGCUAACGGCAUUCAUGAAAAUAUUAAAUGUAAAAAACCUUUGGGGUUGGCAGGAAAGAUUCAUGGGAUUGAACAAAAUAAGAAGCGCAAGCCAAAUUUCACAAUUGAUAAUUAUAUAACUGCACGCUCAGGUAUUAUAUCAUUGCUUAAUUGCAGAAUUAAACUAAGGCAUAGCUUUGCCUUGAAUAGCUUUAUUUUUUUUAUUUUUACUGAUUAUUCAUCAAACGGGUUUCUCUUUUCGCUGAUCCAACUGUCUUUCUUCAAUUGAGUCUGUUUCUUCUUUUAUCCUAACAGCAGACGUUAUCUUCCAACUUUUGUUGCUUUAGAUCACCCCUAAAACAGCAUUAUACCUCCCAAAUUUCAAACGAACCCCAAGAAUUAAACUGCUAAAAAAUUAUACCUGAGCGGUUACUUUCCAUGCUGGUUCUACUUCUGUUUUUUAUGCUUGCCCAACUUCAACAUUGGUCGACUGAUUGAUGACUGGAGAGGAUGUGAUAGACCUGAACACAGUCUUAGCUACAAUAGUUCAUCUUGUUCCAAGAACUUAACUGUCAACAAAAUAAAAAUGUUAAGGGUUUUUUAAAAACAAAUUCACUUCAUGAUUGACAGUCAUAGGUAUUUUCAAGAAUUCUGUCAGUCAGCGCUUCAAAAAAAAGUCGUUAAUGGGUUGCGCUUAAUAAAGGUUAUUUUAUCGGAACCGCCGCUUGUAAUAUGUUGCUUUUCAUUUCAAUUGAAAAUGGAUAAUGGCCUUUUCGUUCAGGAUUUUUCAAUUAGUAAACUAAAACAUCCACGAAAAGUCGGCAAGACUUUACUUUAAGGAAUCUAAGGGGAAAAAAGGCAUGCAGUAUAUUAACUAUUAUCAAAGUAAAAUUGUUGAUAUGUGUCAAAUGUUAACUUUUUAUUCUCCUGAAGUGAAUUUAUGGCUUUUUCGCGGAAAGUGAUCGAUUUGACUAGUGGAAGUUGUUAACCUGGUCCCCUGGCACUUAAGAAUAAAAAUUCCAUUAGGCUAAUGCAUAGGCAAGAGUGGCCUGUUGCAUGUUAAGAAUACUGAACUGACAUCAUCUCUUUUAAGACUUCCACAAAAAAUAAGCCGUAGCCUUCAAACUUCUAAAAUUAUUUUAAAAAAAACAAGAUGACUUUCAGUGAUUGGAUCAAAGCCUGGUAUUAACUUUUUCUAAGGUAUAGGAACUUCUUAAUCUAUAAGUUUAAGUUCAAUCCGCCCCAAUAGUCUAUUUUUCCCUAAUUAUAAUUAAAAAAGAAGAAAUCAAAAUGAAGUGAUUUUCAAAAGAAUGCUUUCAUUUGCCGUAAGUAUCACUUAAAGACUUCGGAUGUACAAUUAAGAUUUCUUGGGAUUUCAGACUAAUGGCUUAAGGGAUAAUGCACAAUCAUUAUCUUGUAGUUAGAAGGUUAAUAUAUCGAAGGUCGAAAUGUUUCUCAAUCUCUAGUCACUGAGAGGGAAGAAAAACUUUUAGAAACAAAAGGCGUGAGUACCAAGAGAAAUGGUUCCCAGAACCAACGGUGUGCUUUCUGGUUCCUCUCUUUAAUGUCGUUCGUAAUUACAGUUUAGCGAUGAAAAAAGUUCAUUUCUGUAAAAAUUUUCCCUUCUACCUUCUAAUAAAACUCCUCCUCUCCAUGAGCGAGGUGGACACAUGAGUAAAACAAGGUGUAUUUGAGACGCUGAGUACAAGCCCUUAAUUUCUACGGUUGAGACGUAGUGUCUCCAAGCUAAAUUAACUCGUCGGAAAUUUUGAAAAAAAAUACAUUUUGCUUACCGCAGGCUGAGGAAGGGUUUCUAAUUGUCUCUUAAUGAAUCACGUACUAUCUUUUGAAAAUAUUUACAAUUCAUGCAAAAUUAGCAAUAUUGAUUCUUGAUACUGUUUCUUGACUUGUAGUACCAGCCUAAUAAUGUUAUGAAAGGUCAGAUUUUUUUUCUUUAAAAAGUUCAGAAGAAAAUGUCUUUGAUUUUAUGCCACCAACGAAUCAGUUUUUGUUUUGAGCAGUCUUUCAUGGUAUACGUUUAUCAUGUAGUUACAUUGUAGUGAUUCCAAGGUUAAAUUAUGUUUCAGUAACAGAAAGGAAAAUCCAUUUUGUACGAUUUACCUAGAGACAUGCAAUAAGUAAUAUACAUCUCUUUAAUUUUUGAUUAAAUUCGUUAGAGAUGCACAUAUCUAUUUAAGGAUUUGUACUGAUUUGCGCUGGUUUCAUGAUAUCAGUAUUAAAGCUGCAAUCAAUGAUCAAACGCAUAAGACUCCACAACUCAGUGGAUAUCUUGUGCAUUCUGUCAGGUUAAAACAACUAUUAAUGGAACAAAAAAUAAAGUUUAUUGUAAAUACCAUGGGUUCGUGUUCACACAAAUACCUUUAAAAUUACUUGCUUGUAGUUUUUGAGAAUUAUAGAUGGGGUUUUAGAGAUAGAGUUUUGAAUAUUUGUGAACUCUGGAAUACUCUGGAACAUUCUAUCUCCCUUUUCGAUCAUUAUCGCAUUUUUAUAUUCGGAUGAGUACAUUUUUUAUGCAGAUCAGGAUUUUGCAAACGCCAGCAAUGCGUUAGAAAUAUUUUGCCGUGUAAUUAUUUCACUUUCCAGCACGGUUCACUAAGAGAAAAAGGUCAUAUCUAACUGUAGUUACCAUAUCAAAUGCGCAUGCUGGGAGUGAGAGUUUAAAAGUUAAUAACAUUGACAGUGUUGUUCAGUUUUGAAUAUUAACAGUCGUCGUUUAUUCUAUUCAUGUUAUGUCAAUUCUAAGGAAUUAAAUUCUAGUAAUUCGCUAAAAUGACGAAAACAAAAGAGGUGCACGAUUUUUCUUUCUUUCUUUCAUUUUUUUUUUUUUUUUUUUUUUUUUUUUUUUUUUUUUUUUGUGGUUAAACUCCAUCCUUGCUUUAAAGGUUAACUUUACUAUUUUAUGGUAUUAAUGGUAAUUUAUGGAAAUGAAAUACAAGUUGAAACCAAGAAUAGAACUAACCCCAACAGACUUUAUAUUUUAACCAAAUUUGUCCCUCACUUAGAAGUACUUAUUACAUUGUCUUAAAGAUCAUCGGUACUCGAAUAAUUCUAAUUGAUGUAGGAUUCAUGUUAAUCAAGAUCCAGCAUCGCCAGAAUUUUUUUGCUAGAAUUUCGUAAAAGUUACGCUGCAGGACUGCUGGUUAACUUCACGCAAUUGAAAAUUUGACGUUUCUUUCCGAAUAAUUCUCUUUUAGUAAACAUUAAUGGUAGCCUCUCUGCGAAAAUUUUGAAGAAAAACACAUAUGCGUCCUUUUAUGCCAUAGCGAAAACAGUCGCAAAAAAAACUUUGAAAAAAUGAUCAAUAAUUGAACAUUGAAAAUAACUGAUAUUAAUAAAACUGUUCGAACAGUCUUAAUUUUGGGCCUAACUACAAUAGCGCCCCCUUAUGAAGCGAGGAAUCGUUUGGAUUGGUCUGCAGUUCACAGGCCUCCGGUUUUUACCUCUUCUUCCUCUUGUUAUACACGAGUUUGAAGAUAAAAACAGCCGUUGAUCCAUUGACCGCUAGGGCAAUGAAAAUAUGGCCAGGUAUGGUUUUAAUGGUCUUGAGUCUUCAACGAAGUAUACAAUUCCACUAUUUAGCUUCUUGAACGGAUGGACAUUUUUGGACCUCAUACCUCUAAAGAGAAUGGGAAGGUUGGCGAUGAGCGGUCUACAUUUGCGGUAUCAACUCUCUCCCUAACAAAUAAACAACCGGGCCGGCCAUAAUUGAUGGCAAUGUUGGCCUCUGGUGCCGACUUCAACGAAACUUCCCUUGCGCCCUAGCGGUUUCGAGUCCUAAUUCGAUGAUGUUAGUUAAAAAAAAUAAGUGCUUAAUUCUCUAUACGACACGAAAUUAAUCAUCGUCAUGGAAUACGUUCAACCGUGUCUUAAAAAUUUUAGCAAAACCUUUCCUUGAUUACUAAGCUCCCCCCUCCCCGCCGCCUGAGGAUUGGUUUCUGGUUCUUAACACGUGUGCAGAAAUAGGCUCUUUUUCCUGGAGUCCUUAAUCCUUGUACUCACAGCCGGAGGAAGAAAACAAUUAUGAAAUGCUUUAAAUGUCUAGAAAUUUUAAAAAAGGCAAAAGUCAUGAGUUCGCGCAAGUAUUUUCUUUCAAUACCUCUGCAACCCUUGUCUUUCGCUUGACUCGAUGCAUUCGGCCAGAGAAAUUUCAUUGAUUAACCUUACCCGACAAUAGCAUAUCAAACAUCUUUUAUUAAGUCCUUAAAAGAAGUAUCCGGUAUGUAUUUUGCAGAAGAAAAAGCGCUAUAAACGAUCAAACAUCAAAGUUACUUUUCGAUUUUCCGGCAAUCUAGAAAUAAAAAUUUAAAAAUAACUAUUAUUAACUAGGGAUUAUAGUAACAAGAUUUAAAAAUCCAAUUAAGCAAUUAAAAUAGAAAUGCACGUUACCCAGUGCUUAAUGUCUUUUGUGGAAAAGAUUCGGUUUCAUCUAAUUGCUGGGUAGGGAGAAGCCGUAAUUAUUUUCAUAAUACCAUUGACAAGAUAAAAGCAAAUUAACAUUCAAUAAGAAUCCCCCCUAAACGUCACUAUUCUAUGAGAAUUUAGCCUCCGCUUCCAAGAGACCCCUUUCUAACCGUACAUAUAUUGUAUUGCUGCAUGUUAUUACUUACAACGCAAAUGCAUAUACUAUGAACAAGGUAAUUCAGGCUGAAGCUAGACUGAUUAGAAACAUUAUAUUAAUGGCCUUUUGUUUCAGUCAUUUUGUUUGUGCUAGACCUUUUGGUGCAAGAUCUUGUGGCUCUAUUCUUUCUUUUUAUGAAGAAAGUGCAUAAAAAAAAGGAACUGGCAAAUCAAGGUUUUUAAUUAUGAGUGACCUUCUUUAAGUCAAGUUCACUCAGUACAGAUGAUUCAUAUUUCAUUAUCGAGACCAUAUUGCUUUAAUCAGUACAAAAGAUAUUCGGGGUAAAUACACCAAUAUGCGGUUUUAUGGAGAAUUUCCGAAAUAUGACGCACCUUUGUAGGGAAGACAUUGAACUUAAUGUAAUUCGAAAUAUGAAACAAGGAUUUGAUUAGGUACAGUUUGAUCGUUAGCAGGUAAUAUCUGUGAGAUUCUCGUGAUCUCUUGUCGUCCCGUCAUCCUUUUUCGUUAAUAAGUAAACCGGCUGUGGAACCAUUAUGGUCUUCAGUGUCGGACGUUGAAACAUUGCCAGCGAAUUGCAAAGUAAUCAGUGCCAGCCACUAAUUGCCUUUACAUCGUUUCAACAUGCUGAAAAAGAUCUACAUGUACAAUGACCGCGGUUAUCCUUUCUUCUCGGCUCAGUUGAUGUUUCCAAUUAGAAAGGAAAUGGUUCGAUCAUAAAAUAACCAAUUUCAGUUACGAUGACUAUAGAAUUUAAACGCAAACCAGUAAAAAUCCUUAAUAUUUCUUGAACAAUCAACUAAAUGGGUGAUUUUAACCUGACCUUUAAUACCUAUGGGUAAAACACAAUCCUUGUUAACAAAUUAAACAUGGAAAAAAAAAAACCUUUGAUUGAUGCUGAUGUACUUAUUUACCGUAACUUUUAUAGUUCAAGCUCUAAAAUAUUGCCCAAAUGCUUCAAAUGCUCGUCCAACAAUUUUUCACUCUCCACUGAAGAACCUCGUCGUAUUCUAUUGUCAGAAUAUUAAAUGAAUGCAUUUUUGUGUUCCAUGCAGACAUCAAUGUAAACAGGUUUCUUCAAGAAUGAACUGAUUUUGGAGUAGGAUUGAAAAUGAUAAUUAACAGAUCCCUGCUUCUUAUUCCUAGGCAGUUUAAAGUUUCAACAGCUUCGUUAACAAUACCUUACUUUGGCAAAGUCCUUCUACACGAUUUGCUUAUAUCACUGCCAGUUGCAAGGCUGGUGAAAGAGUGAAAGAGUCCCUGAGUGCUGCCAGUGGAGAACUGAAAGUGAAGCGACCCAACCAAGGAUUUAAAUGAUGUGAAUUGCACAGUGAAAUUAUUUUUAUCGCACGGCAUCUGCCUUAUGGUCUUUUAAUUAUGUUUUGUUUGACAUUUUUGGGUAUUUCGUCUUCGAUUAUCGCGUUAUUUAUCACGAAACAGGUGGCAAUUUCAGUUUGGAAAGAUUCCUUCACUUUUAAUAACUUUCUUUGUAACUGAAACAUUGUUUUAAUUUAGAUUUGUUUAACUGGUACUGCCGUAAAAAAGUUGUUCAAAUCACUUAGCCGGAUAACUCUGGAAUAGGAUAUUUAACAUGAAUUGGAUCUAGCGAAUUGCUCUUUAAAAACAUAUAUAAACAGCAGCAACUUACAAAAUGAAAAAACUAUUAUAACCAAAUAAGCCGCAAGGAAACGGCACCUCAAAGUUGUAUCAAUGAUCGAAUUUUUUGCCGCUGUGCCAAAUAAUGAAUGGGGUAUAGUGAAAUGGUUAAAGAACUAAUGAAUUUAAAGGAGGAUAAUGGUGUGAUGGCUAAAGAGCUAAUGAACUUAAAGGAAUACAUAUUAAUCCCCCGCACCCACUGUUUUUAUUUUCAUACACGAACUCGACGAGCUCUGCCGCACCGUUUUUCAGAAUUUGAUACAUUCUGAAGAGUUGAUGCCAACGGCAAUGUCAGUGAUAGCUAAUACGUUAUAAAAUUAUGUAGUUUUAGAUGCUCCUACUGUCGAUGCAAAUAACAGACUUAUUUUGGCACCACAGAGCGAUAUCAAACAGACGCCAUUUGUAAUUUUGGUAUUAACAGUAGAGAGCUUUGACAAGCCGUAAGCCUUCCUUAUGAUUUGACUCAAUUUUAGCUAUACAUUCUACUGAUCUGACUAUAAAAAGUGUUUCACGUAUAUACAACCAUUUGCAUGUUUCUCAGGAUUUCUACGAAUUAACAAACGAUAAAAACUUCCCUUAUUUUUUUUUUUUUUCAAUCGUUUGGCUAGAUCAGUAGAUCUGGCAAAGGAUUUUUGACGCACUACUCCUAAUCUCCAGGGUAUUAAACGGGUUGCCUUUUCUAAGCACUGGUCAGCUGCUUUUGUCGUUAAGACGCAAAAAGAAAUCUAGUGCUCUUUUCAGUCGCUUCCUUAGUGCCAGUAUUUGGAGCUGGCUUAUCUAUAACCACCACUGCCGGCUUAUUGAAGUCUACAUGUUCGUAGGUAUAACGACAGCAACAAAAAAUACCACAAGAAAAAAAGUUGGUACUGGAGACAAGCGAGAUGCACUAGAGCUAGAGACAAGCAGGAAGCGCGUGAGGAGGAUGAUGGGAGCAAGUGCAGUGCACAUGCACGAGGUUUGAUGAGAAGGCCUCAGCUUUCCUUAAGCCUGGUUUCCAAUGGCGAUGGAGUCUGAGUGGGAGUCGUAAGUGGUGUCGCAAUAGCCCUUAUGACCUAGUAAAAAUCAAAAAUCGGAGUCGUAGCGGAUUCAUAAGCGCGACGAAAUCGGAGUCGGAAGAAUCAGAACGUCUCUUGAUUUUCUUGCGACUCCACUUACGACUCCGUCGCUUACGUUCCUCUUGUUAUCUAGUGAAACUGGCGCAAACCAGAUUGUAGGGGUCGGAAGCAGAAGCGGAAGGAUAACAAUCGCAAUGCACGUUCGCACGAUUUGUGAUUGGUUUAGUUCUUCCGCUUCUACUGGUGACACCCGCGACCCAGUUUUCACUUGAUCGUAAACGACAGAAUGGUAAGCAGAAUCAGAACGCUGUUUUCACUAGAUCGUAAAGUUCUACGCUUCUAAUUACGACUCCGACUUCGACUCCGUCGCUGGUGAAAUAUCCCCCAAAAAAGUGAUCUCCAGCGACUGGAAACGAGGCAGGGCCGGGUUU